AUGACUGAACUACCAGAAUUUCACGAAUUAACCUUGCCCAAUGGCUUUAGCUACAAACAACCAACUGGGUUAUUCAUAAACAACAAAUUUGUUCCAUCAAUCAAAAAAGAGACAAUUGACACCAUAGAUCCGUCCAAUGGUGAAAAGAUAUGCUCAGUCUAUGCUGCAUCUGAAGAAGAUGUCGAUGUGGCUGUCAAAGCUGCUAAAGACGCAUUCAAAACUACCUGGAGACACACCUCAGGCAGCGAUAGAGGCAGAUUGUUAGUCAAGUUAUCUGAGUUGUGUGAAAGAGACACCGAUAAACUAGCUGCCAUUGAAGCAAUUGAUUCUGGUAAACCCUUUGAGCAAAAUGCAAAGGGUGACAUUGGUGAACUUUACAACGUUUUAAGAUACUACGGCGGUUGGGCCGAUAAAGUGCAUGGCCAGACAAUUCCAGUUGAUGAUAACAAAUUGGCAUACACUGUGCACGAACCAUAUGGAGUGUGUGGACAGAUUAUCCCAUGGAACUAUCCAUUGUGUAUGCUCAGUUGGAAAAUCGGGCCAGCUCUUGCUGCUGGUAACACAAUUGUAUUGAAAUCGGCUGAACAAACUCCAUUAUCAGCGUUGUAUCUAUGCAAUUUGGUUGUGGAAGCCGGAUUUCCAGCAGGAGUCGUGAACAUCAUCUCUGGGCUUGGACCAGUUGCUGGUUCUGCCUUGUCGACACAUCCAUUGGUGUCAAAGAUUGCAUUCACUGGAUCAACUGCUGUUGGUCAAAUCAUCCAAAAGGCUGCAUCGUCUAAUAUGAAGGCUGUCACACUAGAAACUGGUGGUAAAUCGCCAUUAGUGAUCUUUGAGGAUGCUAAUCUUGAACAAGCAGUCAAAUGGGCUGCUUUUGGUAUUUUCUUUAAUUCGGGGCAAGUUUGUACUUCAAACUCAAGGGUCUUGAUUCAAGAACCAAUUUAUAUGAAGUUUAUUGAAAAACUAAAGGAAUGCAUUGAUUCUGAUUAUAAACAAGGCUUGCCAUUCGGCGAUGACACAGUUAUGGUUGGUCCUCAAGUGUCCAAACAACAACAAGACAGAAUUUUGAAGUACAUUGAGAUCGGCAAGAAAGAAGGAGCCAAAGUGUUUACUGGUGGCUACAAAGUGACUGACGAUGAAGUGUUGGCCAAGGGAUACUUUGUGAAGCCAACUAUAUUCUAUGACGUUACACCUGAGAUGACCAUCUUCAAAGAAGAAAUAUUUGGGCCAGUUGUGUCGUGUAUUCCAUUCAAGACUGAGGAAGAAGCCAUCGAAUUGGCCAACGACACUCUGUAUGGGCUAGCAGCAGCAUUGUUCUCGAAGGAUAUCACCAGGGCACACAAAGUUGCUAGGGAGUUAGAAGCUGGCAUGGUGUGGAUCAAUUCAAGUAAUGAUAGCGACUUCAGAGUUCCAUUUGGAGGUGUGAAGAUGAGUGGUAUUGGUAGAGAACUUGGGGAGUAUGGAUUGACCAACUACACACAGACCAAGGCCUAUCAUGUUAACUUGGGGUGGGAUUUAUAA